AGCUGCCUAACACAUAUACAUGCCUGAUAAUGAUCUGAAUACAGUAUAAGAUGUCGAUAAACAAAACAAAGAAACUUUUUCUUUAAAAACCUUUUUACAAAUAGAAAUGGAAAAGAAGCCUACAAGAAUCACCAUGUCGUGUAAUCAUGAAUCAGCGAGUGAGUUGACCAAAUCUGCUUCUAAGACAGCUUUUGAUAAUUCUACAGCAGAUAACAACUUUGGGAAUGAAUUGGUAAAUGAAGCUAUCGGCAGGUGGUCCUGGUCGCAAACUUUCUGAGCAGAAAUGCAGGACGCUGGUCAGAUUUUGUACGUUGGUCAGAUUUUACACCGCUUAAAUGAGAAUGAGAUGGAAGGUAGAAAAUCUUUUAGCUGAUACCAUGCACAAUUUCUUUGGUUAAUGUGAUACCUCCAGAGCUAUUCAUCAAAAAGUGUUUGCAGAACUUAAGGACUUUCAUGAGAAAAAUGCAUCUACUGGAUUGGAGUCACCAACGCUGCUAAUAAUAAGAAAAGUUGUUGAGUUAUCGAGUUAUCACCAUUUUGGCCAAUUCCUACAAAACAAGAAUCAUCUUUGAUGUCGCUUUUGAGCUACAAUAAGAGUGAUAGUUGGAAAGUAAUUCGAGUGCAGAAAUACGGUCUUUAAAUCUUUCAUCUCCUUGAUAAGAACCAUGUGAAAUUAGCUCUCAUUAAAACCACCAGGAAAGAUAACAGUUUUUUGGGACCUGACUUUGUUUAACUUCUCAUAAUGUGUAACAAGGUCAGGGCAAACUUCUCCAAAAUUCAAAAUUUUCUUCGUUCGCUGCUCUUGAGCACAAACACGUGCUGCAUAGCGAUUUGCAGCUGGCCAGGUAGUAGUGGUAACCACCCUUUAAAUUACGCAUCCGGUCACAGCAAUUUGCAGCUGGCCAGGUAGUAGCGGUAACCACCCCUUAAAUUACACGUCCGGUCACCGCGAUUUGCAGCUGGCCAGGUAGUAGUGACAACCACCCCUUACGCUUCCGGUCACAUUUGUCAUGGAAGUGUUGAUGUUCAUUCAAAAAUUGUGCACCAUUGUCAAAACAAAAUUUAAUGAGGUAUCUGUCUCUAACAAAUUUAAAAUAAAGCUAGGGCGAAUCAAAAUAAUAUGGUGACUUGUCUAGACAAGGAGAAUAUAUAAAGAUCACAAAGUAUAAAAUCAUACCAAGGAAGGAAAAAAAUAGUCCUCACCCAUAUGACUUGUAUAGACAAGGAAGCACCGUCACUUUUGAUCGAAAGCAUGUCCAGGGUCUGACACGGACACUGAUACACAUGAUUACAUUGAGUUAACUCAUUUUCUUAAAUUACCACGAUGUUGAUGUGUCAGUGCUUUUAAUAUCUUCAGACUAUAGUGGCAUUUUUCUUUAUAUCAACAAGGUUGUUAUACCUUGAAGUGAAUGAGUUUGAAUUUGGGUUGAUGGUUAUUGUAUUACAUAGUGAUAGGAGGAGACAUUGAAGAUGAACAUGUGUGGUUGAAGGAGGAAGAGGGAGUUGGCCUAUGUUGGAUUAAAUGGGAGCAAUUGAACUGAAAUGAAUGACAGUAACUUACGCAGUGGCAACACCUUUCUCAUUUUGUUUUUGCACUGUUUCACUUAUGGAUGCUCCAAUGGAUGCCCCCUACUUUGGCACCUAACAUUGUACCUCCUGUUGUGUUGCCGACCUUUUCACCCAAUGUUUUGGAUGAUCAUGACAAUACCAAAGUUGAGGUGUCUCCAUUUGAGGUUUCACCUCCAGUUGUUGCAUCAGUUGUUUCUAUUGAUCAUCGAGCUCAAUUUAAUUCUAAAAGAAAGUUUUCAACACUGGCAAAGUUGUUGAUGUGGGUUCGAGAAGAAGUAAGGAAGCUAGUCUUUUUAACCUUUAUCGAAAAGUUAGAUAACCGUGAAAAUGCCAGAAAUGCAUUUGUUAUAUUGAUAUGAAGAGGAAGUUCAUAUAUCGAGUACAAGAAGUUGUCCAAGUGUAAGAUAUCUAGUUCGGUGAAAUACGAGUGUCCGUUUCGUGUGAGAGGUUAUUUGUUGCUUAGAGCCUUAAAGUUGGUAACAGAACACACAAACAUAAGAUGACAGUUGAGUUGAAAGGUCAUAAAACUGUUGGACGUUUAUACCCAAAUGACAAUAAACUCAUUCGUGACUUGACAGACUUUAUGGUUCCUCUAAGACAUAUCAUGUCCAAUUUAAGGAAUAGGAAUGGUCGAACUGUAACCACUAUCAGAGAUAUUUAUAGAUUUCUGCUCUUCCCCCUUGCACUUUUUGCUCGCGCCCAACAUGAUUUCCUUUUAUACCCCUGCGUGAGUUAAGUCACACUUUUAUUUUAUUUUUUAAAAAAAAUAGAUUUUUUUUUUGGUACAGUAGAGAGAUAGUAUUUUACAUUUGAAAAAUGAAAUUUUAAUGGAAAAAAACCAACACAUUCUCAAUUGAUAUUAAGUAACAAGAAAGAAAAAGUGACCAAUGAAUGUCUCACAGGACAAAUUUAAGCUUUUUUUUUUUUUGAAGAAGCAAAAACAAAUUCAAGCUUGUUAUCUCAGUGUGAAUAUCAAUCAACCUUGUUUAUUUUUUCUAACCUUUCAUUUUCUUCACACUGUUUCCUUGAAAUUUCAAAGGAACAGUAAUAAUAAGUAGAUGGACACCUUAGCAACUUUGUGCAAAAUAUCAAAGAUACAUUAAUAAUAGUCAUAGUGGGUCGCUUGUUGACUUCACAAAGUCUACACAAAACGUCCCUUUCCCUUAUAUGUUAAUCUUCUUGCUUGAUACUAGCAACAAACAAACACUUCCAUUUACAUUUAAUUAGUUAGAAUUUGAAAUAUGGCUGAGGCUGUCAUUGAAGUUGUCCUUAAUAAUUUGAGCUCCCUUGCUCAAAAGAAGCUUGACUUAUUUCUCAGUUUUGAUCAAGACUUGAAGAGUCUUGCCAGCUUGCUCACAACAAUCAAGGCUACACUUGAAGAUGCUGAGGAGAAACAAUUCACUGACAGAGCUGUCAAGGAUUGGCUGAUUAAGCUCAAAGAUGCUGCUCACGUCCUCGAUGACAUCUUGGAUGAAUGUUCCACUCAAGCCCUGGAGUUGGAGCAUGGAGGAUUCACGUGUGGACCACCACACAAGGUACAAAGCUCUUGCUUAUCCUCUUUUCAUCCUAAGCAUGUUGCUUUCCGUUACAAUAUUGCUAAGAAAAUGAAGAAGAUACGAAAGAGGUUGGAUGAAAUUGCUGAAGAAAGAACUAAGUUUCAUUUGACUGAGAUAGUGAGAGAGAAGAGAAGUGGAGUAUUUGACUGGCGCCAAACCACGUCAAUCAUUUCUCAACCUCAAGUUUAUGGAAGAGAUGAAGAUAGGGAUAAAAUUAUAGACUUUCUUGUUGGUGAUGCUUCUGGUUUUCAGAAUUUAUCUGUCUAUCCAAUAGUUGGUCUAGGUGGACUUGGAAAAACAACACUGACCCAACUCAUCUUCAAUCAUGAGAAGAUAGUCGACCACUUUGAGCUAAGAAUUUGGGUAUGUGUUUCUGAAGAUUUCAGUUUGAAGAGAAUGAUAAGAUCCAUCAUAGAAUCAGCAUCUGGACAUGCAUCUGCUGAUUUAGAACUUGAGCCACUACAAAGAAGACUUGUAGAAAUAUUACAAAGAAAAAGAUAUUUGCUCGUUUUGGACGAUGUGUGGGAUGAUGAACAAGGAAACUGGCAGAGGUUGAAAUCUGUAUUGGCUUGUGGGAGAGAAGGCGCUUCAGUUUUGGUCACCACUCGCCUUCCAAAGGUUGCAGCAAUCAUGGGAACAAGACCACCUCAUGAUUUAUCGAUUCUAUGUGACACUGAUUGUUGGGAAAUGUUUAGAGAACGAGCCUUUGGAACAGAUGAGGAUGAACAUGCAGAGCUUGUGGUCAUAGGGAAGGAGAUAGCAAAAAAGUGUGGGGGUGUACCUCUUGCAGCAAUAGCACUAGGAAGUCUCUUGCGUUUUAAAAGAGAGGAAAAGGAGUGGCUCUAUGUCUUGGAAAGUAAUCUAUGGAGUUUACAAGGUGAGAAUACAGUCAUGCCUGCCUUGAGAUUAAGUUACUUGAAUUUGCCAAUAAAAUUGAGACAAUGUUUUGCCUUUUGUGCACUUUUUCCAAAAGAUGAAUUAAUAAAAAAGCAAUUCCUAAUUGAUCUAUGGAUGGCUAAUGGUUUUAUUUCAUCCAAUGAAAUUCUAGAAGCUGAGGAUAUUGGCAAUGAGGUAUGGAAUGAAUUAUAUUGGAGAUCAUUUUUCCAAGAUAUUAUGACAGAUGAAUUUGGAAAAAUUAUAUAUUUCAAGAUGCAUGAUCUUGUACAUGAUCUUGCUCAAUCUAUAUCAGAAGAGGUUUGUUGUGUUACAAAUGACAAUGGCAUGCCUAGUAUGUCUGAACGAACCCGCCAUCUUUCAAAUUAUAGGUUGAAAUCUUUCAAUGAAGUCGAUUCAGUGCAAGUUUGUUUCUGCAUAUCCAUAACAUGUUCAAGGAGCCAUGAUGCCACAACAAAUAUUCAAUGUAUGUUUGAUUUGUGUCCAAGGAUCCAAGACGCCAAAGCAAAGACACUAUCAAUCUGGUUACCUGCUGCCAAAUCAUUAAAGACUUGUAUAAUGGAAGUGAGUGCUGAUGAUGACCAACUGUCACCUUAUAUUUUGAAAUGUUAUUCUUUAAGAGCGCUUGAUUUUGAGAGAAGGAAAAAGCUAUCAUCUUCAAUUGGUCGUUUGAAAUAUCUAAGGUACUUGAAUCUUUCUAACGGUGACUUCCAAACUCUUCCAGAAUCCUUAUGUAAGUUGAAAAAUUUGCAGAUGAUUAACUUAGAUUACUGUCAAUCCCUCCAAAAGUUGCCAAAUAGUUUGGUACAAUUGAAAGCCCUUAUACGUUUAUCGUUAAGGGCUUGUCGCUCACUCUCAAACUUUCCCCCCCAUAUUGGAAAGAUGGCUUCCCUGAGGACUUUAAGCAUGUAUGUUGUUGGAAAGAAAAGAGGGUUACUUUUGGCAGAAUUAGAACAAUUGAACCUCAAAGGAGACCUUUACAUCAAGCACCUAGAGAGAGUAAAAUGUGUCAUGGAUGCCAAAGAAGCCAACAUGUCGAGUAAACAUUUGAACCAAUUGUUGUUGUCGUGGGAGAGAAAUGAAGAGUCUGUAUCACAAGAAAAUGUUGAGGAGAUUCUUGAAGCGCUUCAACCUCUUACUCAGAAACUUCAAAGUUUGGGUGUGGCAGGAUAUACCGGUGAACAAUUCCCACAAUGGAUGUCUAGUCCGUCUUUCAAAUAUUUAAAUUCUUUGGAACUUGUGGAUUGUAAGAGCUGUGUACACCUUCCACGUGUGGGGAAACUACCAUCUCUGAAGAAGCUAACGAUAUCCAACAUGAUGCAUAUAAUAUAUGUACAAGAGAAUUCAAACGGUGAUGGAAUUGUUGGAUGUUUCAUGGCACUAGAAUUUUUGUUGCUGGAGAAGCUGCCCAACCUGAAAAGGUUAUCAUGGGAGGAUAGAGAAAACAUGUUUCCACGUCUUUCCACACUUCAAAUAACUAAAUGUCCUAAAUUGUCGGGCUUGCCUUACCUUCCAUCUUUGAAUGAUAUGCGUGUACGAGAAAAAUGCAACCAAGGUUUACUAAGUUCAAUUCAUAAACAUCAAAGUCUUGAAACCAUUCGAUUUGCUCAUAAUGAAGAGCUAGUUUACUUUCCAGAUAGGAUGCUACAAAACCUCACUUCUCUGAAGGUAUUGGACAUUUUUGAGCUCUCCAAACUUGAGAAGCUCCCAACUGAAUUCGUUAGUCUUAAUUCUAUCCAAGAAAUAUAUAUUUCCGGUAGUAAUAGCCUCAAGUCAUUACCAGAUGAAGUUUUACAAGGAUUGAACUCUCUUAAGAUAUUAGAUAUUGUGAGGUGCCCAAAGUUCAAUUUGUCAGCAAGUUUUCAGUACCUAACCUGUCUUGAGAAAUUGAUGAUUGAGAGUUCCUCAGAAAUAGAAGGUUUGCACGAGGCUUUACAACAUAUGACUUCCCUUCAAUCGUUAAUAUUGUGCGAUCUUCCAAACCUACCAUCCCUGCCUGACUGGUUGGGAAACCUAGGUUUGCUGCACGAAUUAAUUAUUUCUAAGUGUCCGAAGUUGAGCUGUCUUCCAAUGAGCAUUCAACGCCUUACCCGUCUUAAAAGUUUGAAAAUUUACGGGUGCCCUGAGUUAGGGAAAUGCUGUCAAAAGGAAACAGGUGAGGAUUGGCAAAAAAUAGCUCAUGUGCAGGAUAUUGAAAUACAGAACUGGGUAAUGCACAUAAUCGGAGGAGGAGGAGGAGGAUAUUCUUCUGCAAAGUUAUUUUAGAUCUUUAACAGCUGCAUUGUGUGUACUGUCACACUUUCCAUUUCCAUUACCUUACUAUGCUCUGAGUUGGCUCCGAUCAGCGAUGCUUUAUAUGGUUAUGUAGCAAAAUAUUUCUAUGAUUAAUAGCUUAAAGUUGUAUUUCAUUUAGUGAAGUGUGUAACUACUCUUUCAAAAUAGAUGUCAUUUCCCAAAAUUCUUGGCGGUCGAAUAAGACCAGACUCAGAAUCCAUCUUGAUGUAAACUGAACUUUCUAUACUCAGACCACUUGAAUAGAUAUUUUCAUGUUAUAGACUAAGCUGAA